GGCCUCCACGUCGCAGAGCGAAACGAAAGACGGUGUGUCGAGCGGCGAGCGAACGAGCUUCGGCUCAGUAUCGUUCCGGCCGUGGUUUCGUACGGUCGUCGUCAGAGAGUCGGACGUUCGAUCGACCGAUGCCGUCGCUCGAUUCUGGAUCGUACACCCUCUACCCACGUAGUUGAGUUUCGCAACUCGCGUCGUCGAUUCGGCCGAUCGGUGUCACGGUUCGUCGGUGACGACGAUGACGAUGGGCUAAACCGCCGGGAUCGAAGGAUCUGAUCCACGAGAAGAAUCGUACGAGGAAGGUGUCAAUGUGACGCGUGCGGUGCGCAAGGAUCGUAAAUAAUAUUUCGGGUGUCGUCCGGGUGGUACACGUUCGCGGGUUUUUGUAAAAUGAGCCCGGCCUCCCAGGGCGGUGUGGAGGUGGAGCGUUACAUCGGCAGCUGUUUGAUAUCGUCGAGCGCGAGACCGGGAACGCAGAAGCCGAUCGUCGGUAGAAAAUCGGAGCCGACGAUACGGACCAACGGGAAGACUCCUCCUCGCGGAUGCUACGGUGCACAGAAUUUCCCGAGCGAGCAAUGCAAUCAGAUGCAAUACGCGUCUGGCGGUUGGACGGGCGCUCCCUUGAUAUCAAUGACGUCUAGUCCGCGCAGAUGUAAUCAAAGAACGUCGCCUUCGAUCGGGCAACAACAGCAAUCGCCACAGCCGCAGCAGCAACAGCAGCAGGUUUGCGAGCCGCAAGUAUCGGCUCACCUGCACAAGAAUCCGCUUUCUAGACUGGCCAUUCACACGCAGGGAGCCCCGUUGAUCCUGGCCGGUCGGUUUCACAAUCGCGGCAAGAUACAGCAUAAUACCGGGACCGGUAAUGGAGUCGCGAAUGCCACCGUCUGUACGGGGAUCAGUGGUUACUUUCACAACAACGGGAAUCCGAACUGCGCGAUGAACAACGCGGCGAGGUGUCCACCGUCGUCGGGCGUCAGGCCCCAGAGGCCGGUCGAGGCUAAGAAGCAACAGACGAACCCCAAGCCGGAUUGCUCGACGAGCAAGGAGACCGGGGGAACGGGAAACAAUAUCGCGAACAUCGACUCUCUGAGCAUCGCGAGCGACGAGAGUUCGGGUUCGAACAAUUCGGAGAACAGUUUGCCGCGUAUAAUCAAACCGCGGAAACGUAGAAAGAAGGACAGGAAACCGGUGAACGCCGUGGCUGGCACCGCCGAGGUCGCCAAACACGAGGAACAGCAGCAACGGUCGAGUCCGAACGCGGGUACCGAGCAAUCGAACGCCGCGGUCCCUUUAAAACCGUACGCACCUUGUUACGAGCAGCGUUACGAGGACGCGUCGCCUCACCUGAGAAACCAUAGAAGGCCACCCAUCGCGAGGGAAAGCGUGUAUUGCAAAGCGCAGGGAACGGUGCAGGAGAUCGUGGACGCGAGGCAAAGGUAUCCGCAUCGGCACGUAGAAGUGAAAGUGUUGGACGACAACAGGAACGUGGUGGUGCCGGCGCAAAUGCGCGCAAUUCUGCCAAAGGGUUACAGACAUAACGGGCAUCAUCACCAUCAUCACCAUCACCAUCAUCAACAGCAACAGCAGCAGCAGCAACAGCAGCAUCAUCUCGGAAACAUCUCGCGUUACAUCCACGAAUUCAACGAGCCGACGCAGCAGCACGGAUGCGAGGAGUCGGGAAUCAAAGACGGAUUAGGGCCGUGUCAGUGCCGGUACUGCGAUCCCUCGGCCUUCAUAUGGGAUGUGGAUCAGAACUGUUACUCGCCCUUUCUGACCCCGUCGACCGAGUUCUGUCCGAACCGUUUCGCUCAGAUGCCGCUAUUCUUGACCCGGCCGGAGCUCAAUCGUCAGGAGCAAAGCAUCGAGAGGCUUUUCACCGAUAAUUCUCCUCCUCGCGACCAUCAAGAGAAGGAAGGCUGCGUCGUGCUGAGGCGCAGCUGGAGCGAUCCGACCAGUUACUUCAGCGAGGAGAUCGCCGCGCCGAGCAAAGACGUUGGCGUGAUCGGUGACAGGGGACAGGCCGAAAGCGGGAAACGUCGAACGCUUUGGCGCGGCGACUCGAUCGGCAUUCCCACGAGUAACGUUGCCUCGUCCGGCGUAGAUGCGAACGGUACCGCUCAGACGCCGAAGGGGUUGGAGGUGUCCACGGAGAUCGUCACCUCGCCGAACGGACACAGGGAUUUGGAAAUCAAAUUCUAUUCGCCGUCGCCGAACGCGCCGCUCCCGGAUGAAGAGAAGGGAAUAUUCGUGGACGAACUCGACGAGGCCGAGGAAGACUGUAGCGACAUUUGGAGCUACCACGAGUCGAAGCUGCAGCAGGAUUUCCGCACGCUGCUACAGGCGGAAGAAUGAACGAUGCAAAGAUGCGACGAUCGAGUCGCGAGAGAGAAGAGCGUGCACGUGUUUCUCGAGGGACUGCCAACGUUUCGGACGGCGAAAAGGGUCACUGUGAACGAUGGGUGGCCCCGGAGAUCGAAUUAGUUCCGUCGAUAGGGAAUAAAGAGGAAUUGGACGCGUGCGCGAUCACGGAAGGGACUUGUGUCUGCGACUGAAACGAUUACAGGGUUCGAAAAAACAAAUCCCUCCGUUGCUCAUCUCGUUUGAACGUUUCGACGAGGCGUGUAACGCGCGUGACGAGCCGUAUCGUACCUCCCGCUAUUACCCUUCUCCCCCGCGACGACGGGCUUCUGUAACAGACCCUCGGCGAAACGAUCAACGAGUGUAACAGACGGUAACAGCGAAACUACGUGUCGAACGAUUCUUCUUCCUAACGGUGUACGUUGUAUACACGUAGUAUACGUGACGUGCGUGCACUCGUGGAAGCACGCACGAAAGAGCAGAGAGGCCUGAAAGGAUCGUAAUCUCUGAGUGUGCACGCGGUCUGCUUAUCGAUGACAACGUGCUACUAAUAAACGGUGGUUGGCUCGCGUGGCGGACCGAAUCGAAUCGAACGAUGAGCUCGAGUGUCGGCUAAUACGAGAGAAAGGAAGCUACGCCGGUUCUGCGUGAUACUUAAAAAGAAAUCGUGAUUAGCAAAGGUACGGAUAGGGACGACGAAGGUCGAUGAUUUGAAGCUACGAGUAAAUUAGGACGGUCCCUGUGCUUCACUGGGAGAACUGAACGAAUUCUUUUAUCGUAAUUAGACGAUGCCACCGAUUAUCGUGCACGAGGCGAAUAGGGACGUGACCGUUUAAAUUGUAUCGUAGUAAUUAAACCAUGGAACGAUGAAUCGUCCGCCAUCCUCAGGGAGAACCCUUGUUCCUCGUCUACGUGUUUCUACCGUUUUAACCAGUCACGCGAUCCUCUACGCGAUCUUCUUUGGGAAUAAUCGUUUUUCCAUAGAAUACCGUCUUCGACGUCUUCUUUCCGUUCGACAAAUCGUUUAGCAAACAUUUCGUUGAAUUAUUCAGGUCCCCCUUGUUCGAUCGCGAUUGCUCGACAAAUUAUUCAGAGAACGGUCCAAUACGUUAUUUAUUUGAGAUAUUCGAAUCUGAGAGGGGCAUUCCGUGGUCGUUCCUUUUCGGACAAGCACGAAAUCAUAAAGAUAAUCAACAGGCCCGAGGUUGUUUCAAACUCCCUUUACACUCCACGCCUGCGCGUCUCUCGGCAUAAAGACUCUUUGACGGGCAUGCUGCAACACUAAUUAAAUUUGAAUUCCAUUGGCAGAGGAGCGCAUCUUUCAGUUAAUAUUUUCACUGUUCGGAAAUCGCGAAGACUCGGCUUUCUCUGGUAGUUCGGCAAUUAAAUUUGUUAAUCCGAUCUUCUCCGAUACGCGGCUCUCAAAAAACAAUUAGAGCGCUGCCUCUGAUUCGAUUGAACGUAUCUCCUUGGAAAUUUUCAUUUCGAUUCGCUCGCGUUUAGAGAAUUGUUUGUCGACGAUUUGUCAUCGGGUGUUCGUUCAGUGAGAAUCUCAUUGAAUCAGCUUUCGCGGAAUUCCGACGCUGAUCGCAUGAUCGGGAAAACACGUAAGGCGAAGCAUGGCCUAUGUAUGUAAUUACGGAUGGCUAUUUACUCGGGCGUGACCGAGAUGUUUUAUCGUGGUAAAAGGGCAUCGCGUAGAGUUACAUAAACGCGAAUAAACGCGUCACCGAGAACCGAUCGAUCCGAUCGUCGAUCGUGAUCGUCGACGACGUCGGCUCCUAGACUUUGGACGAGACCAUUCAUCGUUUCGUACGCGGAAAACAGAAACCGUGCGGCACGUAAAAUCGAGACACAUAUGAGAGAAUCAUCGUAUACCCACCACCAUCUUCCUUCGUUUAGACUGUAAGCCUAGAUGUUUAAGGCGAUCCACUUAGAUCAUCACCGUUGUCUAUAUGUGUAUAGGAGAAGCAAAACUCGCGACUGUUUUCAACGGCCCGCCUUUUAAUAAUUUACCGAUCGCGAACGUACGUCAGGGACGCGUCGAGCGAUCUCGACGAGAAAUUGACCAACGACUAAUCCGGCUUAAUGCGGUUCGUGUAUCGCGGGUCUGGCCAACGAGACGCGCGAAGACGACUGACCACGUACGCGAAGAGGUACGUUAUAGCAAUAUUUCUCUCUUGCUGGUUCGCGCCGAGUAACGUAGCAAGUUUUAUUGCUAAAGUUGGCAACAGACAAAUAUUGAUGUCGACCCUUGUUAAGGCAGCAACGCGGCGUAUCGAACACGAACGCGGUAGCGAUGCUGCUUUAAUAACGAUCGUCGUUCGAUAUCUUCGUUCGUGUACCCACGGUUCGGAGACGAAGCUCGGUUCUCCGAUUGAUUCGCGUGGACCAUCCGUUUUAUUUUUCUGCCGCGCUGCAGCGAGCAUGCCGCGUUGUUCGUUGAGAAACGAUCAGAUCGAACUUGUAAUCCACCUUUCCGGAGGAGCGGGAUUUCCACGGAGAAACGCGCCGCCGAACACACGUUGCGGUUUAGCGCGAGUUUCUCUGUGCCGCGCGAUACAACUCGAACGAUAACCCUGUACGAGCCCCGAGCUCGUCGACUUUAUUAGUUUCCCACAAAGUGUAUCGACGAUGGAACACUUAAUUUAUUUCUCAUCGAACCGCGGAGCUUUUCUCGUCGAAAUCGAUCGACCGGACGCCACGUACAAAUCGUGGAAAUGGAGAAACGGGAGCCGAUAGGAAAUUACACGUGCUCUUUGAUCGAUCCCAGAGGGACGAGAGUUCUCCUCUAAUGUACUAUUUAAUUAAAAAUUUAGAUCAGCGAACGAACGCUUCCAUUUCGUACUUUUUUUUUAAUCUCGUCACGGAUCGCGAUCGUCGCCGAUCGCGUUUUCCGCUAUCUGAUCUCUGGAACAGGAAAGAGAGAGAGACUCGAAAAUCGUCGAAAAUUAGUUCUUCUCUGAAUCGAUACACGUUUCUUUUUUUUUCUCGACGCUUCUCACUCUCUCCUUCUGAUCGUAUUUAUUUUCUGCACCGUCGUUCGACGGUGCGAGGUAAUUGUGAUAGCGCAAUAAAUGACACACGAUACUGCUUCGUCGUCCAGACUGAUCCAACGCCGAUCAUCCGAGUCCUCGACCACUGGGCGUCGACUCGAAUCACGUUGUUUGUCACACAAUAAAGAAACUGUCUUUAAUUUAAUUUUGUACGUUGCACCAUUUUACCCGAAUCCAUCGUCUGUCGGGUCAGAAACAGUAAUUCCGUUCCCAGCGUUCCCGACUUUCAUUCGUUCCUGCGAGAUAACGAUUGUUCAAGACCUACGACACGCGUGUAUCCUUCAAGUUCACUUUCGAUGGUAAAAUCAGAUUUGUGCGAUGCUCUAAUGUGAGACUCGCAACGAAUAUCGAUCAUCUCUUUAUCUAUUGACCGACGACGCCUAUUGAGAUUUUUGCCCACUUUUUUGAGCACUUUGCCCACGUCAUACUUCAUCUUCGAACUUCGUGUCACCCCGUUUACUAUUCGUUUCCCAAAAGUCGAGUUCAAUUUUCACGAACAGUCGUACGUGAUCGAGGCAGAGUUAAAAAUGAAUGACUCACGCUCACCGUAUUGACAAACGUUCGUUUUAUUUUUACUUAAAAGCAGUCGAGCAAGGUAACUGAAAUUCGCAACGAGCUAAUAACAAGAUAAGUUAAUACUGGCGCGACUCAUUAGCUACAUAUAUAUUAUUAUUUUUUCUCAUAAUUACCCGUGUCACGCUUAAUUGGUCUGACGUUGUAUUGUCAUUUCAACUAUCUCACGUCCUUUCCGAGCACGAGCGUAUAAUUUCGUUAAUUAUCCAAGUCUGUUUCGUUUAAUUACAUGCGUAUUUUAAACGAUGCGCGAAUUUUGCAUCUGCCGCCGGAUAGGAAAGAGCAUCCCUUUGAAAUAUAGGUCGUGGCUAAUCACGUCGGACAAGUUCGAACCCGCGAACCAGAGGAACGAUGUUCACCAGCCAGUCUCCCUUUGACUCUCAGAAUUAACGUUUCUAAUGAGUGACGGUUCAUUAGCUGAUCAACGUAUUGUUUGAUGACCCCACGAUGUACCGUGUCAAUUAGCUAAUUAUUCUGUCCGACGAUGACAGCGCUGAAUAAAGAACGACGAAGCAGGCGAAAUAUCAAUUGACAAUGAACGAUUAACGAUCCAAAAUUUACUCGUUUCUCGUUCGCUGACGUUCAUUUUUAAAGACCGAUUGAAAAUUAAUUUGCUUUGAGUGCCAGAGACAGUGUAUUGGAAACUCGAAAUUGUUUCGUUUCGUUCGCAACGCUCCCGCGUCGCAGUUACGGGUUUCGACACUGAUUUGUCCCAGAUAAUAGAAUCGUAUGGAUAAGUACCGAGAUAAGUAUGAAAUUCGUUUUGUACGCCACUUCGCUUGUUAUCGUUGUUACAAAAAAAAAAAAAAAUCGGUAGCUCGAUGUACAGUAGAUCGAUUCUUGUUGUAGAGAAAAACGAAGAAGAGUCGUGUUGAAGUAACGAAAUGUGUUAAAACUUGUCGUCGUCGCGAAAGAACAUUUAAAUAUUGUCGCACGAACGCGAUUGCUGCGUGUGUACGAUGUACUUGAAUGUUAGCGUAAUGCACAUAUUUAUUCGGUAGCCUCUCUGUUCCUUUGCACCGAAUAUUCGUAUCAACGAUAGAGUCGCAUCGUUUGACUCGGCUUCGGUCCACGGUGAACGCACGAUUCCGCGGGAUCGGGAAUUUUCGAUGUAUUAUAACUCCCGAUCGCGUAACGCGAUCAUCGCGGAAGAUUUCGUAUUCGUACCUCGCGAUCGACCGUUUUAGAUAAGAUUGAGACACCUGCGGAAUGAGUCACGUAAUUGCGUUCACGUGUCGACCACGCGCCGUUCGUUUACGUUUUUGACGUGUUUCAAAAAGGCGAAACGACGCGCGGAGGACGAUGAAAAGGACGGCGCUUCCUUUUCCUGAAACACUUUUACCGGAGGUAAAAAUUGCGGUACCAACGGAGGGAGGGAGAGAGAGAGCGGGGACCGGAAACGCGUGCGUUUAACGUGGUACGGCGAUUAAUCUUCGCGUUUGUUGAAGCGGAGAGAGGCGAUUAAACUGGCAGAUAAUCCCCCGUAAUGGCUCCCUUUCCGCUGUAACGAUGGGCUACGCGGUUUCUGCUGUCGAGUUCUCUCUUAUCUCUACGAUUUUUCUUUACCCGACCGAAUGACUCAAUGUUUACGCGGUGAAUCGUCGAAAAUGAUCCAGAAUCGAAUCGUCGAGUGUUCGUUCGAUUCCUAGAAGUGUCGUCUUAGAGACUCGGGUGUCUCUCGAGCGAGAAGCUCGCGGAAGGAAUCGUAGUUACGGACGCGACGCUCGCGCAGGGUUGAGAGAAUGCGAUUAACAGGUUUUGCGAGUCGAAACGGUGAAACUCGUAACGGCGAGCGUGACUCAUGGACGAUCGCGAAACGAAAUCGGUCUGAACGAAAGUGAGAACCGUUUUAAGACGGACAUUGCGUAACGGUGGAAAACGCGUUUUAAAUUAUGACUAAUGACCGCGGCGGGGACGAUGAGCCGCGCGGCUGAUGCGAUCGUCCCGUACGCGUGAUGUACCGGAUCGUAGAUUUUGUAACGGUAGAUGUCUGUGAUAGCAAAAUAGUCGUGAGUAUAGGAAUGCGCGCGGUCGUACAUGGCUCGUGUAAACGAAAUCCAGCGAUGUCCGGAUCUGAUUCACUGUCAUAAACGCGUCGUUAAAAGGGAUUCGGUGUCGCCAAAUUGCCGGAGCAUAUUUCGACUCGUUAUAUUUUACAAUUUCCCAAGGCUUGUAUUUAAAUAAUGCAAAUGUUGUUUUUGCAACGUGAAUUUACGAGCUUAUCGGCACGUUUUUGUUUCGAUUUUGAUAGUGGGACAGAACCGGAAUCGUUUGUGUGACGAGCGCAGGGUGUAAACGCAGAGCGAGCACAACUUUUGCGAACCUGUCCUUUUUUUCUUCUUUCUCCCUCGUUCGUGUCGCGCGACUCGAAAUAUAUACACGUAGAGGGAAAAACCACGCUCGCCCCGAUGUACCAUCCGUUUCAAGGGAAGCAAAUAUCGAACGAUUUCAAUUUCGUUACACGCGAGUUUGUCCGAUUGUUUUUUCCACCGCUGCUGCAUCAUACGGUCUCACUUUUCCUUCGACAAAAUUUGUAUCAUCCAGCGCGCGAGUUAUUUGUUUUCCCGAAAAGGUAUGAAAUCGAUGUAAAAAUGCGUUCCUGUUUGGCCUUUCUUGGAACGGAUCCGAGAAGGGCGAGGGCGAAAAGAGGCACGCGGGCCGCGAACGAAUUAACAAGGAACUUCGAUCGUGGCCCGACACACGGCCAAUUUGAAUUUGCAACGUCGAGGCGGUGGAACCACCACAGCCGUCGUCAGUGGAACCGUUCAUUGGGACUUGACGUUCGUGUUUUUUACUUGUUUCAUGCCUAGAUUCUUCUCUCAGCCAAUAUAAACUGUGAAGUAUACACCAAAAUAAAACAUACUGUUUCUAAAACCAGUUUAUUCCCUCGUGUGACUCAGGGCGUCACAGUCUAGUGGAUAGACAGUAGCUUAUGCUCUCAACGACUGAUCGAAGUCAUAUUACGAAAAUAGAUACUGAUUGAACGAGCAAGAUCGAAAAAGCUCCAGUUUCUCAGUCUGCUGAUAAACCUGUCCAUAAGCUAUUGUCACUUUCCCGAUAUAUUUAAAGCGAGUUUAUUAUACAGUUUUUCGCGUCGAAACCGAAUGAUUCACCAGUCAUUGGUUCGAUCGAUAAGACUCGAGUUAUCGCAUCAUCGUUAUUUUAAGUGGAUUAAACAGAGUCUAUCCAUUA